AUGGACGAAGCUCUCACUCAAGUCCUUCAAGCCUGCAGGCUUACCCGUGAGCUCGAGUCUGCUCUCCCGCACAUCGCCAACAACCCCAGCGCCUUGCUUGCCUUCUGCGAGCAGGUCUCCUUCGCCUUCAACAAAGCCGUAUUGGAUCUCCGAGCUUCUUCUUCCUUUGAUCCCUCGGGCCACAUAUUCAUUAGCGAGACACCUCAGAGGUUAAUGGAGGAUUGGAGCCUUUCUCCUUUUGCGCUCCCAAUGCCGACAAAUCAGGCGGAUUUAUCGCAUUUAGGAUUGGAAAUUCAGGCAACCGCGGCGCUUAGUUUCACCGGCGGCGAACAAGAGCAUGCAGUGGCGCAGCGAAGAUUGGGAGCUCCGUCAACGGGUCAACGAUCAUCCAGAAUAAGGAAGGAUAGUGAGGAGACACGGACGGUCACGAUUCCCGCGGUUCGUACGGGAAAUUUGGAGCUUCCACCAGAUGAUGGGUACACGUGGCGCAAGUAUGGCCAGAAAGUGAUCCUUGGGGCAAGGUUUCCUAGGAGCUACUUCCGCUGCACCCACAAGAACUUCUACGGCUGCAAGGCAAAGAGAAAAGUUCAGAAACUGGACGCUGAUCCCAACAUCUAUGAGAUAAUCUACUGCGGAGAACACACUUGCCAAACCUCACCCACACCUCUGAUUCUCCCCUCCAUCACGCCCACGAGCAACGAGACCACGCUUGCCAACAUGCCCGUAAUGAUUGGCGCUUCAUCAUCACCAUCCGUCGGCAGCUGGUUUCUCAGCUCGCAUGAGGUAGGGGAGAGCAGCAGAGCUCAUGUUGGUCCGCAGGUGCAGCAGCAGCCGAUCAGGACAGGAAGGGAAGGAGAAGGGUCUGUUGCUGAUCUUGCUGACGCUAUGUUUAAUUCGGGAAGUAGCAGUAACAACAGCAUGGACACAAUUUUUACUUUUAAGACGGAUGGAUGA